GCAAUAUUAAGUGCUGCUAGAUACAAUCAGAUUCAGGAGAUGGACCUGAAAAGUCGAUGCUUGGAUUCCCUGAAGGACAUAGUCUUUAAGAGAUUUAAUCAGAAUUUACAAGCAUAUCAUCCAAGACCGCUUCAAAAGAGAAACUAUGCGCCAGCCAUAGUGGAUCCAAGAGUAACUUAUGAAAACCUUAAGGAAAAAGAGAGGAUUCAUCAUCUGACUCGUGAAACAUUUGGAGAUGGGCCCCUUCCAAAAUUGGAACAUGCGUCCUAUAGGCUGGAAACAACGUUCAAAGGGGAACCCGGCAUUGCUGAAAAGAUUGAACCCUUACGAUGUGUUAUCAAGUUCUCCAGCCCCAACCUCCUUGAGUCAAUCAGGUCACUGGCACCAUCAGGUGUUGCAGAAGCUCCUAUCUCAAACCUAUUGACCUGUAUACCCCACAAAGCCAGAAAUAUGUUUAAAAUCUCAGAUAAGAAACCAGUACAGCCCACCAGCAGCCAGGCCACAAACUAG